AUGAGGACCGCCGUUGCGCUGUCGGUCCUGGCCGCGGCCUCGUCGGCCUUUGUGUUCCCCGACCCGGUACUGUUCCGAAAGCCGGAGCUGCAUGCCCAGCGGGUUGUGUCGUCGACCCGCGAGACCUUCGAGUACAUCUCGCACCGCAUGCAGACGGCCGCCGAGUACAGCAAAGAGACGCUCGAGGAGAUCUUCGGAGCCGAGGAGCGUCAGCUCGAGGGCUCCAAGGACCACCCCCCUCCUCCGCACCCGCCGCCGCCGCACCACCCCCCACCUCCGCCUAAGAAGCCCGAGGAUCCCCACAAGCCCGGUCCGGGUAAGCCCGGCGGCCCUGGAAAGAGGCCUGGAAAGAAGCCAGGCGAUGGAGGAGGAGGAGGCGGUGGUGAUGGAGGCGACGGAGGAAGCGGACGCAAGAACCCUGGCUACCCUGGCGACGGCAGCCAGCCCGGCUACCCUGGAAGCCCAGAGCAGCCGUAUCUUCCCCCCAACUCGACCAACUCGACCAUCUGGGACCUCAUCUCCAACGGCAAGUACACGACCAAGUUCUACAAGCUGGCCCCCAGCGGCUGCGCAACCGCGUCGGGCUGUUUGCGUGCCAAGAACGGCGUCGUGCACGUCAUCAGCGCGCCGCUCUUCCCGCCCCCGCCGGCGGCCAAGAUCAUCUCGCUCAUCCCCGAGCGCUUCGACUGCUUCGUCAAGGCGCUCAACCAGACCGAGUUCGUCGGCUACUUCCAGGACCUGGCCCUCAACGGCACCACCAUCUUCGCGCCGACCAACCACGCCUUCGAGCGCAUGGGCUCCAAGGCCAACGCGUUCCUGUUCAAGUCGGGCAAGAAGAACCGCAGGUACCUCAAGGCGCUGCUCAAGUACCACGUCGUCGCCAACAACACGCUCUACAGCGACGCCUUCUACCAGGACCGCCACCGCGGCGGCCGCAAGAAGCGAAAGGGCUCCGAGGUCGAGCAGCAGCAGCAGCACCAGUUCACCAUCCCCGACGGCGACUCCGACGAGCCCCGCAACGUCCGCGUCUCGCUGCCCACGCUCCUCGGCAGGUCGAGCCUCUCGGUCGACAUCAACAACCUCGGCGGCUGGAGGCGCCUGACCAUCAAUGGCUACGCCCCCAUCACCGUGUCCGACGUUAUCUCCAAGGAGGGCGUCAUCCUUGUCGUCGCCCGCGUGCUCGUCCCGCCCAAGAAGGGGUCCUCCUCGAUCGAGCCCGAGGAGGACGGCGGCGAGAUCAGCGUCGAGGAGCUCAAGGAGCGCCUGGACGACUACCUCGACGAGGACGACGAGGCCAGCGGCGACGAGUGGGACAGCGACCUGUAA